AUACUUGUAAAGUGGUCUUUGUUUAUCUUAUUCUAUGUUAAAUAUACUUCAUCUUUCUCCUCACUCCUUUCUUUCUCACUAGAAUCUACCAUUCGACCUUCCACUUAAUUUCUUUUCCAACAAAGCCAACAUUUUCUUUAAAAGCUUGUAUUCACUGCCAAUAAACUUGUAUAACACACAGCUUUUGCUACAAGACAUAGAAUAACUCAGCACAAUACGAGCUACAAAGUUGUAGCAAUUGUUGAACAAAUGGAAGCCUCUUCUUCUUCUUCUUGCAGAUCAAGUUCAACCACAAGUUUAUGCACCUACCAUGUCUUUUUGAGUUUUCGAGGAGAAGAUACACGCAAAGGAUUCACCGAUCAUUUAUGUGCUGCCCUUGAAAGAAAAGGGAUCACAACUUUUAAAGAUGACAAAGACCUUGAGAGAGGGCAAGUCAUUUCAGAAAAGCUAAUCAAUGCAAUAAAAGAUUCUAUGUUUGCCAUCACUAUUCUCUCACCAGACUAUGCUUCUUCCACUUGGUGUUUGGAUGAGCUUCAAAUGAUCAUGGAGUGCAGCAGCAAAAACAACCUGCAUGUUUUGCCAGUCUUCUAUGGUGUGGAUCCAUCUGAUGUAAGGCAUCAAAGAGGAUGCUUUGAGGAAGCUUUCAGAAAACAUCAAGAGAAAUUCGGUCAACACAGUGACAGGGUUGAUAGAUGGAGAGAUGCUUUCACACAAGUUGCCAGUUACUCUGGAUGGGACUCCAAGGGCCAGCAUGAGGCGUCACUAGUCGAAAACAUUGCUCAACACAUACAUAGAAAGUUGGUUCCUAAAUUGCCAUCUUGUACAGAGAACCUUGUUGGGAUUGUUUCAAAGGUGGAGGAAGUAAACAAGUUCUUAGGUAUGGGGUUGAAUGACGUUCGCUUUAUAGGCAUAUGGGGUAUGGGUGGCAUAGGCAAGUCAACUAUUGCUAGAGCGGUCUAUGAAACAAUCCGAUGUGAAUUUGAACUUACUUGCUUUCUAGAAAAUGUUAGAGAGAUAUCUGAGACAAAUGGUUUAGUUCACUUACAAAGACAACUUCUUUCUCAUCUGAGUAUAAGUAGGAAUGAUUUUCAUGAUUUGUAUGAUGGGAAAAAAACAAUACAAAACUCUUUAUGCAGAAAAAAGGUUCUACUUGUUCUUGAUGAUGUGAAUGAACUAAACCAGUUGGAGAAUUUGGUUGGGAAACAAGAUUGGUUUGGUCCGGGAAGUAGAGUAAUAAUCACAACAAGAGACAAGCACUUGCUAAUGACACAUGGAGUACAUAAAACCUAUAAAACUGGAAUGUUAUGCAAACAUGAUGCCCUUGUUCUCUUUUGUUUGAAAGCCUUUAAAGGAGAUAAACCACAAGAAGGGUAUUUGGACUUAUCCAAAGAAGUGGUGGACUAUUGUGGUGGUCUUCCAUUGGCACUUGAGGUGUUAGGUUCCUAUCUGUAUGGAAGAAAUAUUGAUGUUUGGCAUAGUGCUGUUAAAAAAUUAAGAAGUUUUCCCCACCCUAGAGUCCAAGAUAACCUGAAAAUAAGUUAUGAUAGUUUAGAUACCAUGGAGAAGGAUAUUUUUCUAGAUAUUGCUUGUUUCUUUAAGGGAAUGAAGGGAGAUAAAGUUAUAGAUAUAUUAGAAAGUUGUGGCUAUUUCCCUCAAAUUGGAAUUCAAAUUUUGAUUGAAAGAUCAUUGAUAACUCUAGAUUCUGUGAAUAAUAAAUUGGGAAUGCAUGAUUUGCUUCAAGAAAUGGGCAGGGAUAUUGUAUUUCAGGAAUCUCCAAAUGAUCCUUGUAGACGUAGCAGGUUGUGGUCUCAAGAGGACAUUGAUCGCGUCUUGACAAAAAACAAGGGAACUGAAGCAAUUAACAGUAUUGAUAUGAAAUUACUUCAACCAUAUGAAGCACAUUGGAACACUGAAGCAUUCUCAAAGACAAGUCAGCUAAAAUUUCUCAGUUUAUGUGAGAUGCAACUUCCUCUUGGCCUCAGUUGCCUUCCUAGUUCAUUAAAAGUUCUUCACUGGAGAGGGUGUCCUUUAAAAACUCUCCCUAUAACAACUCAACUUGAUGAACUUGUUGACAUUACAUUAUCUCAUAGCAAAAUUGAACAACUCUGGCAAGGAGUAAAGUUUAUGGAAAAGAUGAAGUACUUGAAUUUGGCUUUUUCCAAGAACCUAAAGAGAUUGCCUGAUUUUUCUGGUGUUCCAAAUCUUGAAAAAUUGAUUCUUGAAGGCUGUGAAGGCCUAAUUGAGGUUCAUCCAUCCCUUGCACACCACAAGAAAGUUGUUCUGGUGAAUUUGAAAGACUGCAAAAGUCUUAAAUCUCUUUCAGGGAAGUUGGAGAUGAGUUCCCUGAAGAAGUUAAUUCUUUCAGGCAGCAGUAAAUUUAAAUUCCUUCCAGAGUUUGGGGAAAAAAUGGAAAAUUUAUCAAUGCUUGCUUUAGAAGGAACAGAUAUAAGAAAACUGCCCUUAUCACUUGGAAGACUAGUCGGACUUACUAAUUUGAACUUAAAGGACUGCAAAAGCCUGGUUUGUCUUCCAGAUACCAUUCAUGGAUUGAAUUCCCUCAUAACUCUGGACAUUUCAGGAUGCUCAAAACUUUGUAGACUGCCAGAUGGUUUAAAGGAAAUCAAGUGUUUGGAGGAACUCCAUGCCAAUGAUACUGCUAUUGAUGAACUACCUUCCUCCAUUUUUUAUCUAGAUAGUCUUAAAGUUUUAUCAUUUGCUGGUUGCCAAGGGCCAUCGACAACGUCAAUGAACUGGUUUCUUCCCUUCAAUUUGAUGUUUGGGAGUCAACCAGCUUCCAAUGGAUUCAGAUUACCAAGUUCUGUCAUGGGAUUACCUUCUUUGGAAUAUUUAAACCUAAGUUAUUGUAAUCUUUCUGAAGAAUCAUUCCCGAAUUAUUUUCACCACCUAUCAUCUUUGAAGUCUUUGGAUCUGACUGGUAACAAUUUUGUUAUCAUACCAAGUAGCAUUUCUAAACUUUCAAGGCUUAGAUUUCUUUGUCUAAAUUGGUGCCAAAAGCUUCAAUUGUUGCCAGAGCUUCCAUUAACCAUGACACAGUUGAAUGCAAGCAAUUGUGAUUCACUGGACACUAUGAAAUUUAAUCCAGCAAAGCUAUGCAGUCUCUUUGCAUCACCUAGAAAACUGUCCUACGUUCAAGAACUUUACAAGAGAUUUGAGGAUCGUUGUCUCCCCACAACAAGAUUUGACAUGCUUAUCCCAGGGGAUGAAAUUCCAUCUUGGUUUGUUCCUCAAAGAUCCGUUUCCUGGGCAAAAGUACAUAUCCCUAAUAAUUUCCCUCAAGAUGAAUGGGUAGGAUUUGCAUUGUGUUUCCUAUUAGUGAGUUAUGCUGACCCACCUGAAUUGUGUAAGCAUGAGAUUGAUUGUUAUUUGUUUGCAUCUAAUGGUAAGAAGUUAAUCACCACCAGGAGUUUACCUCCUAUGGACCCAUGUUAUCCUCAUCUUUAUAUUCUCUACAUGUCCAUCGAUGAAUUUCGCGAUGAAAUUCUCAAAGAUGAUUACUGGAGUGAGAGUGGCAUUGAAUUUGUAUUGAAAUGUUACUGCUGUCAAUCAUUGCAAGUAGUGAGUUGUGGUUCCCGUUUGGUUUGUAAGCAAGAUGUUGAAGAUUGGAGCAAAAUGAGUCAUUUCAACGAGAGUUGAAGAUAUUUGCAGAUCAUAUAGUUGGUACUUGUCAAUAACAUCAUUCCUUGAGAUGCAAGUAACAUGAUAUUACAAAUUGGACCAUCAAGAUGCUGCACAUGCAUCUUGAAACAGUAUCAGAUGCAGAAGAAAUCUUAAAUAUUAGAAAGUUUGAAACCUGUUUUAGUGGUCUUUGUUUAAAGAAGAUGGUAAAGAGUCCAAGAUAAUCAGCAACUUGAUGUGGUUUAAAUUUGAACUUGAUUUAUAUGAUAACGAUUAAUUAGUUCUGACUGACUCAUGUAAUAUUUCAUCUAUAUUUAGGUAAAAUUGAAACGAACACUUUAUUUUUCCUGUCUUUGAUGUCGUCAAUGGCAUAUCUUAUAGUCUAAAUUCUAUACACCAUUUUCUUUUGACUA